AUGGAUGCUUCUUGUUUAGAGGUGCUAUUCGACCCAUCAAAAUGCAGCAAGUUGAGCAUAGAUCAAAAGCGAGAACUCGUUCAUGAACUCUCAAAGUGGUCAGAUGGAGCCAUCGAAAUUCUACACACUUGGAGCCGACACGAUAUACUGCAGAUUCUCUGUGCCGAGCUCGGCAAAGAACGAAAGUACACCGGCCUAAACAAAACCAAAAUAAUCGAACAACUUCUCAAAAUCAUCCAAGAAAAGAAAAGAGAUUCAACUGCUCCUCAAAUACAACAGCCUCUGUCAGAAAACGACGAGACCAUGAAUGUGGGCCCAGAUAACAUCACCGUGCAUUAUUGCAAGAAUUCGGCUUGCCGGGCUAAAAUGAGCCGUGAGGAUGCAUUUUGCAAGAGGUGUUCGUGCUGCAUUUGUAGUGAGUAUGAUGAUAAUAAGGACCCGAGCCUUUGGUUGGUUUGCAAUUCGGAGUCUCCUUUCUGUUCUGUGUCUUGUGGGUUAUCGUGCCAUCUUGAAUGUGCUUUGCGGCAUAAAAAUUCAAAAGGUUUGUCAUUAGAUGGAAGCUUUUGUUGCGCAUCUUGUGGGAAAGUGAAUGAUUUGCUUGGUUCUUGGAGGAAGCAACUGAUUGUGGCAAGGGACACGAGGCGGGUAGACAUAUUGUGCUAUAGGCUGUGUUUAGCCCAAAAGAUUCUCGAUGGUACUAAACUAUACCAGAAUCUUCGUGUAAGCAUUGAUGAAGCAGUGAAGAAGCUCGAACAAGAAGUGGGCCCUCUCACGGGCUUGCCAGUAAAGAUGGCCCGUGGUAUUGUGAACAGGCUUUCGUUGGGCCCUCAAAUUCAGGGACUCUGUGCUGAUGCUUUGAAGUCUGUGGACUUAAUGCUUUCUGCUAGAGAAUCUGAUACAUUUUCUGAGCUUCUGGUUGCAUAUAGAUCUCCUUCGACAUCUCAUAUGGCUUACAGUGGUCGGACGACGUACAAGUAG